AUGACUAAAGGGCUUCUCUGUAAUUGGUGUGUAUUGACGGAUCCUGUAUUUUUCCUCCCCAGACACAUCAUGAACGAGCUGAUUGAAACUGAGAGGCUGUACGUCGAGGAGCUGCAGAGCAUCAUGGAAGUACGUUUGUUACUUUAAUUGUCUCUCUCGUGACUGAAAUGCUGUCAGUUAGUGGCAAUAAUGUCAAGGAGACAGUAGAGAAAGCGCUCCUUUCUCUGCUAACUGCACCUAGGGAACAUAAAACCCUGUUCUAAAAAUCGAAUUGACUGCCAGUGUAAAUGUUGCAUUAGAUCUGCCCAUUUCAGAAUACUGUGUGAACUUUUGUUGAACUUAAAAUGUGCUGGCUUUGUUGAUUAGAUGAGACAUUAGGCUACUCAAACUGUCAGUGAUUGAUUGAUUCAUGUUCAUGUAAUGUUCAUUCAAGUGUUACAGUGGGGAAAAAAAGUAUUUAGUCAGCCACCAAUUGUGCAAGUUCUCCCACUUAAAAAGAUGAGAGAGGCCUGUAAUUUUCAUCAUAGGUACACGUCAACUAUGACAGACAAAUUGAGGAAAAAAAUCCAGAAAAUCACAUUGUAGGAUCUUUUAUGAAUUUAUUUGCAAAUUGAGGUGGAAAAUAAGCAAUUGGUCACCUACAAACAAGCAAGAUUUCUGGCUCUCACAGACCUGUAACUUCUUCUUUAAGAGGCUCCUCUGUCCUCCACUCAUUACCUGUAUUAAUGGCACCUGUUUGAACUUGUUAUCAGUAUAAAAGACACCUGUCCACAACCUCAGUCACACUCCAAACUCCACUAUGGCCAAGACCAAAGAGCUGUCAAAGGACACCAGAAACAAAAUUGUAGACCUGCACCAGGCUGGGAAGACUGAAUCUGCAAUAGGUAAGCAGCUUGGUUUGAAGAAAUCAACUGUGGGAGCAAUUAUUAGGAAAUGGAAGACAUACAAGACCACUGAUAAUCUCCCUCGAUCUGGGGCUCCACGCAAGAUCUCACCCCGUGGGGUCAAAAUGAUCACAAGAACGGUGAGCAAAAAUCCCAGAACCACACGGGGGGACCUAGUGAAUGACCUGCAGAGAGCUGGGACCAAAGUAACAAAGCCUACCAUCAGUAUCACACUACGCCGCCAGGGACUCAAAUCCUGCAGUGCCAGACGUGUCCCCCUGCUUAAGCCAGUACAUGUCCAGGCCCGUCUGAAGUUUGCUAGAGUGCAUUUGGAUGAUCCAGAAGAGGAUUGGGAGAAUGUCAUAUGGUCAGAUGAAACCAAAAUAGAACUUUUUGGUAAAAACUCAACUCAUCGUGUUUGGAGGACAAAGAAUGCUGAGUUGCAUCCAAAGAACACCAUACCUACUGUGAAGCAUGGGGGUGGAAACAUCAUGCUUUGGGGCUGUUUUUCUGCAAAGGGACCAGGACGACUGAUCCGUGUAAAGGAAAGAAUGAAUGGGGCCAUGUAUCGUGAGAUUUUGAGUGAAAACCUCCUUCCAUCAGCAAGGGCAUUGAAGAUGAAACGUGGCUGGGUCUUUCAGUAUGACAAUGAUCCCAAACACACCGCCCGGGCAACGAAGGAGUGGCUUCGUAAGAAGCAUUUCAAGGUCCUGGAGUGGCCUAGCCAGUCUCCAGAUCUCAACCCCAUAGAAAAUCUUUGGAGGGAGUUGAAAGUCUGUGUUGCCCAGCGACAGCCCCAAAACAUCACUGCUCUAGAGGAGAUCUGCAUGGAGGAAUGGGCCAAAAUACCAGCAACAGUGUGUGAAAACCUUGUGAAGACUUACAGAAAACGUUUGACCUGUGUCAUUUCCAACAAAGGGUAUAUAACAAAGUAUUGAGAAACUUUUGUUAUUGACCAAAUACUUAUUUUCCACCAUAAUUUGCAAAUAAAUUCAUAACAAAUCCUACAAUGUGAUAUUCUAGAAAAAAAAAUUCUCAUUUUGUCUGUCAUAGUUGACGUGUACCUAUGAUGAAAAUUACAGGCCUCUCUCAUCUUUUUAAGUGGGAGAACUUGCACAAUUGGUGGCUGACUAAAUACUUUUUUUCCCCACUGUAUGUGUAAAGCCAUGUGGAGCCAUGUGGAGGACUGGGUUUUAUUGGGUUCAGAUUAUCACAGAGGCGUUGACAUUAUCAUAGUUUUCACUGAGCCAUUACUCAUUGGCUUUGAAUGUGAUUUUCUUCUCCAGGGGUACGCUGCCGAGCUGGACAACACAGAGCUUUCCCCCCUCAUCCCCGCAGCUCUGGAGAACAAGAAAGAUGUGCUGUUUGGCAAUCUCCCAGAAAUAUAUGAAUUUCACAACAGGUGACCUAAUUUCCUCCAUCUCUUUCUGAAUUGCAUUUCCAUAUUCAGUGAGUGGACAAAUGUACCUGUGACAUCAAACGAAAAAAGGAUUGGCAUGGUCCCCAUCCCCCCUGCCACAUGAUGACAAUCCUGAGAGAUAGCGUUUUUCCUCUCACCUGUCUCCCACGGCUAACAACUGCUCUGAACCUUACCUGUUUUUAACACAUUCCUGCCAUGCAUUCAUUGGCUGCAGGCACUCACAUGGAACAACUGGUUAUUUGUUUAUUUUCUCCCACUGUUUGGGAAGUUUAUUCCCCCAUUUUUCACUUGAAGCUCUAUAUAGAACACAUUGUACCGCUAUGUCAACUAUGAAGGCUCCAAAUAACAUGCCUUAUCACCGGAGGGGUAUGCUACAAAGCAGAAUCAAUAAGUUAAGGCGUCCGCAUGCUUCCCAUCCGAAACAGUUUGGAACAGUUUGUGCAUAUAUUAUGAUGACAUUUUGUGAUGUUUUGGUCUUUGGGCAAUUUUAUUUUUUGGCUGUUCGUGCCCAUAAACAUGUUUAUCGAGGCAAGCCGAAGUUCUACGCCCCUUCGUCGGUAAUUGGUCAACAGUAGGGAAUCUUCUAUUAAGUGUUUGUUGUCAUUCAACGAGAGACGACUCAUUUUCAUGCACAUUUUUUUCACUUGAGAAAUACUGCACCAAACAUCCUAGUUAGAUGUAAAACUGCACGACUAAGAUCUCUUUGGCAAAAACAUCCACAUUUAAUGACAUAUUUCUUGAGUUCUCUUAGAUUAAUUCGGACUACGGCGUCUCAACAUGGACAAACAGUACUAUUGCUACUUUUUUCUCAUUUUUCAAGCGAAGGUCUUUUCAAGCGAAGGUCAAAGGUAUGUGAGCACACUCAUUCGGUUCGCCUAGCCGAGUUCGCCAGCCGAACUGAAGCAUGCAGAAGCAUUUAGCCAGCUAACUUUGAUGAACAAACAGAUAUCUACUGAUUUUCUGGUUUAUUAGGAAAGCUAAACUAAGAUAUGUACUUUUGGUUGUUGUGUCAAUCAGACCAUGCCUAUUUCAAGCUUAUCUUUCUAAAAAUGAAUACGUUAUGUCAGAAUAUUUAGGUAAGUUAACUGGCAGAGUCGUUGAUCUUGCUUUGUAGUAUACCCCUCUGAGCAAGAAGUAAAAAUAAACAAACAAAUCCUGCGUUGUGAUUGGCUGAGAGAGCUCAAUUGACAGUGGGCCCUGUAUUGUCUUGGGGUUUUUGUGUUCUAGGCGUGACAUCCCAUGUGAUGGACACCCAUUGUUCUGCAAGGCCCUGUGAUCACUCCCUCUCAGGUGGGGUUAGGUUACAGUGAGAGGGACAAACAAAAGGUUCCACAGGGACCCAUAGAGCUCCACACCACAUGGGCAUUCAUUAUUAUACUACACCUGUUCUAGCAGACACAUUCACGUGAACAUAUCCCUUCACCCCCUCUUUCUGACACUGCUGCUAUUUCCAGUUUGUCCAUAUUUCUAAUACAAUGACAAUAUCCAUAACACAUAGAUAUCAGAUAUAUCAACAUUUCAGUACCAGGGUUUUAGCUCUUAACACUAUCAUUUGAUUAUCAGUGGAUCAUUUCUGUUGUGUAAUGUUUUAUCUCUACUCAGCUAAAUACUGUCCAGUGUCCAUAGCUGAAGGACUUACUGUAUUAACUCCUUGGUGUGGAAAUGCUUAUGGAGUUAAAACCCAGGACAAACCCCCAAGCAGGAUACUAAUGGGACACUCAUUGGGAAGUCUCAGGGUUCAGUAGGUUAAUUCAAUCUCAACUGUAGGGCCUCACAAAAAUUUCCAACCUUGUUCAGACAGGCAUCCACGGCUUCCAUAACUUUACACAUCACAGACGUUCCAAACAGAAGUGCACAGACUCUGUCCAUCAGCUAUAAUUUCCCAACCUAAUCUUUACUCUUCACUUCCCAGCAUAGGAAAUGGCAAUCUAAUUAAUGUGCAAUUGUAUCCAAUGUUAUACAGUACUUUAUGUGCCUUGUAAGGGCAAACAGGAAAUGUGUUGAACUUUUUAAUUGAGUUGACUUCAUCCUUCUUGUUCGCAGGACAUUUUUCAAAGAGCUUGAAAAUUGCAUGGAGAGGCCAGAAUUGGUGGGGACCUGCUUUUUGAAAAGGGUGAGUUCCUUGUGAUGUCAUUUGGAAGCUGAAGACUGUUACUGUGCUGUUAUAGUGUGUUGUAUUGCUAAAUCUCUGUGUCUGUCUCUCUCCAGAAAGAAGAGCUGCAGAUCUAUGAGAAGUACUGUCAGAACAAGCCCCGCUCAGAGGCACUGUGGAGACAGUGUGGAGACAGCCUGUUCUUCCAGGUGACUCCCAUUCCUUGGGUGUCUCAGUGUUGUGUAAAUGAUUGCAACUGGAAACAUUCUGUGUUUGUUACUGCAGGAAUGUCAGAAGAAGCUGGACCACAAACUCUCCCUGGAUGCCUAUUUACUCAAGCCUGUGCAGAGGAUCACCAAGUACCAGCUGAUGGUCAAGGCAAGUUUAUCACUGAGAUUAAUCUUUCAACUCAGCACUAUACAAUCACAGGCUUAUUGACAUUCUAGAGCAACACACAGAUAACAGAUAUGAUGCAAAUGUCUUCAUUGCUCAAACAUGCUCCUUCACUGCCCAAGGGCUAACAUGCUAAGCACUUCCUUCAGACUGAUCUGAUUGGAAGACCUUAACUCUCAAGCAGAGGAAGCUGGUGGGAGGAGCUAUAUGAGGACGGGCUCAUUGUAAUGGCUGGAAUGGAAUUAAGGAACGGCGUCAAACAUGAGGUUUCCAUAUGUUUGAUACUGUUACAUUUUUCCAUUCCAGCAAUUACAACAAGCCAGUCCUCAUAUAGCUCCUCCCACCAGCUUCCUCUGUUCUCAAGUAUAUGCAUUUCUCAUGCCUAGUGUACCUUAUCUUGCUGUAUAAUCACCCACACGGAGAGGUCAAAACCUGUGGCCAUGUGUCUGAAUAGACACAGAUGAAUGGAUAUUGAAUAGUAGAAGUGUCUGUUGCUCUCAGAGUAGUUUAUUUGCAGUAGCCUGUGUGGUUUGAAAGACUUCAUUCUUAGCCUAGGUCUGUUGUUUGUGUAGGGGUAAGCCAAAAACUGAAAGAUAAAUUAUUUAUCCCACUUGGCUUUGUCCUGACGUGCUCUGUUCCCACUCUAGGAGAUGCUGAAAUGCAGUAAGAACCAGGAGGGUACUGCUGAGUUGGAGGAGGCCCUGGCCACCAUGCUGGACAUCAUCAAGUCUGUCAAUGACUCCAUGCAUCAGAUUGCCAUAACGGGAUUCGAGGUCAGUAGUUUCAAGUUGUAUUAGUCGUAUAAUGGACAGGAUACACAUCGUAUACACACCGUCCAACGAAAUGCAUACUUGCAGGUUCCUUCUCGACAAUGCAAAAACCAUAAGAAAUAAUAAAAGAUAAGAAUAUGAACAUAUAAUAGAUGGCUCAGUAGAAUAGAACAAACAUUUUAACAUAAGUAAGGAAGGCACAAUUUAUAGUCCAAUAUUUACACGUGAAGGGGGGAUUGGGGGGCAAGUGUUUGAAUUGUGCAGAAUGUGUUUUACAUUCUGCUACCAAUUGCGCAGUAUGGUUGCAGCAGUUGUGAUUGUUUUGUGUGUGGAUAAGUGUAUAUCUGUGUGUGUGUGAGUGCAUGUGUGCUACAGUGCAGGUAGCCAGUCCAGUUCAAGUGUUCAGCAGUCUGAUGGCUUGUAGAUAGAAGCUGUCUCUGAGCAUGUUGGUAUCAGACCUCAUACUCCAAUACCGUCUGCCUGACGCCAAGGGAGUGAACAGCUCAUGGCAGGGGUGUAUGACUUGGCUGGAGUGAAGGGUUUGAAGAAUCAGUUCGAUUUAGAUCCUUACUGUUCCUAUCUUAGAGUGGAUCUGCUGGGCUGUGACAGGAAGUCCUGCUGUUAAUGAGUUUGACUAAUCGGGUGGAGAGAGACUGUCAUGGCUAGGUGUACUGUAUGUGUGAGGGUGUGGGACUGAUGUCCUCUGUGUGCCUCUCCCACCCCCAGGGGAACCUUAGUGAGCUGGGCAAACUCCUAAUGCAGGGCUCGUUCAACGUGUGGACGGACCACAAGAAGGGCCACAGCAAGGUGAAGGACCUGGCCCGCUUCAAGCCCAUGCAGAGGCACUUGUUCCUCUACAAUAAGAUGCUGCUUUUCUGUAAGAAGCGGGAGGAGACCACAGACGGACACGAGAAGCCGUCCGCCUCCUAUAGCUUCAAACACUCUCUAAAGGUGAGGUUGGCUUGUGCGGUUAGUUCCUUGUUGGACAAACAUAACAACCGCUCAACUGAAAUUUGAAUGGUUUUAACUGUCCGUGGGGGUAUAAUUCUCACCAUCCUCCACUUACUUAUAUGGAAACUUUACAGUGGCUCUCUCAGAUCCCCUGAGAACCUUGGUAUUCACUGUCAUGACACAUAUUUAAAUUCAAGCUUAUCUAGAUGCAGCCAGGGCAGGAAACCGGGCCCUGAGAUGACAGGACCUCCUUUCAUCAAUGGGACACUGGGACAACCCUUUGUUUUCUAAAGGAAACCUUUGAUGAACUUGUUUUCUUCUCCCACUCGCUGAUAUAAAGUACUGUGCAUGUAAUAAACUUUGACUGUCAAUGAGUAAUGGUGUUCAUCACUUAAUAGGAAAAGACAGGUUUCAGCCCAGGGCUGCUUCAGGAUAGUGCCAUUCAAUUUGAAUUAAAGCUGAACUAAAAAGCUGUAGCAGUUCACAUUCAUUGGAAGAAUACAAGGGCCUCUGAGCAGGAUUCAAUCUUUAAAUUCUUCUCUUUACGUGUGUUUGUGUGAAGCUGCAGGGUAAAUCUGAAAUAUAAAGCUGUCACUGUUGUUAAUCGCAGCCUUGCCCCUGUUUCAGAUGAGUGCUGUGGGAAUCACCGAAAAUGUCAAAGGAGACAUUAAGAAGUUUGAGGUCUGGUAUAACGGCAGAGAGGAAGUUUAUAUCAUUCAGGUACAUGUCCAUAUAGUUUCUCUGUUUAAAAAGCUUCCGAAAAGCGUUCUAAUAAGAGGGGGGUUGUGAUUCAGCAACAUCCUUUUUCUAAGAAGCAUACCUCUCACUCCUGAGACAUUUGUCAUAAUGACAUCAAAUGCCUGUUCUGUAUGAUAUUCUCCUUUUGACCACUUGGUGGCAGUGUUGUCCUACUGAGAGUAGCCCCUCAGAUGUCACUACCACUGAAACAUCCACUGUCUGGUGUGAGGGAGGCUGUACAGUUAAACCUCAGAGGGUGUAUAUAUAUGUAUGAGUGUGUGUUUGUGUGUCUCCCCAGGCUCCCUCCAUGGAUGUGAAGAACAUGUGGGUGUCAGAGAUCCGGAAAGUUCUGACAGGCCAGCUCGAAGCUUGCAGAGGUAUAGAGUGUGUGGGGAUUCUGUGUCUAGGCAUAUUUAUACCACCCUCUCAGCUCCCACACCUGACACCUGAACACAGCCCUGAAGCCUCUCAGAAUGGUGAUGUGAAUGUUAAGCGGGGGGGGGGGGGGGGGUCGGGGUUGGACCAGUGUUUGAGAACACAUACCUGACCAGAUGGUACAGUCCACACAUUCCUCUCCUCCUGUCCUCUCCCUCCGCCCCCCUGGUAGUUUGCAUCAAUCGGCCCAUGUUCCGCUCCGAAGCUCCUGACAGUCAGGAAAACGACCCUCUCUGCACUGUAUACUCUCAGCUUAACUGACAAGCUGUGUGUGUGAGAAGGAGAGAGAGAGAGAGAGAGAGAGAGAGAGGGUGUAUGUGUGAGGGGACUGAGUAAUGACACAGCUGCCCUCAUAUGAAGCAGAGAGAGUGGAAGAGGCUCUGGCCUGAUGGAGGGCUGGAUGUGAUUUACGCCUGUCUCUGCUGGCAAGUGGUGGGAGGGGAGCAUGUACAGCAGCAUAGAGCAGCACACAAGAUAAGCCAGUGUUAAAAAUCCCAGCGACAUGGGGUUUGUGUAAUAGCAGGACAAGGCACUGGCUUGUACUGCAGCUGUUUUGAUUUGAUUCCUCCCCUGGGCCUUGGCAGUCAACUGUCCUGUCCCUCCUGUUAAAGACACAGAUUAGUGGCUUCUAUUCUGUCUGCACCAUUGUUUUGGCCCACGGCUUCUAGUCUAACUACACUGUUUUGGCCCACGGCUUCUGGUCUAACUACACUGUUUUGGUCCACAGACCCUCCUGUGGCUUAUGUAACUCCUGGGAUUUCUCCUGUGUUAUCGCCUGGCAUUGAAACAUAGUUUUAUCAACCUGCUUUUGACUGCAGGUUUCUCACACAGUCCUUGUGUGAUGUACACAAGCAUGCAAACACCAAACAACAAACACACACACUUGCAUACCUAAGAUCUCACCCAAUGAAUUCACCUCACUGACCUUUUUAUGUAACCUAAACUAAUAUCCUGUCAUUCCAUUGAAAAUCUGUUCUAUUCCAAUAAAUAACAAUUCUCCUCCAUUCACAGAGGCUAGUCAACUCCAUCAGAAGAUCACUGAGAAUGUGUGUCAUGCUCCUAUGAGGUAGAGUACUUGGUCUCACAACGUUUUCAUCGUGUGUGAUUGAAUGGCGGCAGCGCACAGAUAAUCUCAAGCAUAGGGAAUGUAAUACUUCUAUAGUGGCUGUGUGAUUGACUGUCCCAUAUCGCUCCUCUCCUCCGCUCAGAAACAUGCGCAAAAUGGCCCUGAGGCAGUCAGACUCGUCUAGCCCGGAGACGGGCUUCAGAAGGAGCAACCCCAGCCCCAACAUGAGACAGAAACGAGGUGAGCGAUCACACAGCUGCUGACGGCCCCCGCCAACUAGGGCUGUGGCGGUCAUGACAUUUUGUCAGCCGGUUAUUGUCAUGUAAAAGACUGCCGGUCUCACGGUAAUUGACCGUUAAUUAACAUGAACAUGUUUAGCAUCUCCAGGCCUCCACGCAUACAAGCCGCUGAUGCGGGCCUUUGGAACAUCUACAGUCCAUUCGGAAAGUAUUCAGACCCCUUGACUUUACAGCCUUAUUCUAAAAUUGAUUAAAAUGCUUUUUUUCCUAAUCAAUCUACACACAAUACCCCAUAAUGACAAAGCAAAAACUGGUUUUUAGACAUUUUGGCAAGUUUAUUAAAAAGAAAAAACUGAAAUAUCACAUUUACAUAAGUAUUCAGACCCUUUACUCAGUACUUUGUUGAACCACUUUUGGCAGUUAUUACAGCCUUGAGUCUUCUUGGGUAUGACGCUACAGGCUUGGCACACCUGUAUUUGGGGAGUUUCUCCCAUUCUUCUCUGCAGAUCCUCUCAAGCUCUGUCAGGUUGGAUGGGGAGCGUCGCUGCACAGCUAUUUUCAGGCCACUCCAGAGAUGUUCAAUUGGGUUAAAGUCCAGGCUCUGGCUGGGCCACUCAAGGACAUUCAGAGACUUACCCCGAAGCCACUCCUGCGUUGUCUAGCUGUGUGCUAAGGGUCGUUGUCCUGUUGGAAGGUGAACCUCCGCCCCAGUCUGAGGUCCUGAGCGCUCUGGAGCAGGUUUUCAUCAAGGAUCUCUCUGUACUUUGCUCCGUACAUCUUUCCCUCGAUCCUGACUAGUCUCCAAGUCCCUGCCACUGAAAAACAUCCCUACAGCAUGAUGCUGCCACCACCAUGCUUCACCGUAGGGAUGGUACCAGGUUUCCUCCAGACGUGACGCUUGGCAUUCAGGCCAAAGAGUUCAAUCUUGGUUUCAUCAGACCAGAGAAUCUUGUUUCUCAUGGUCUGAGAGUCCUUUAGGUGCCUUUUGGCAAACUCCAAGCGGGCUGUCAUGUGCCUUUUGCUGAGGAGUGGCUUCCAUCUGGCCACUCUACCAUAAAGGCCUGAUUGGUGGAGUGCUUCAGAGAUUAAUGUCCUUCUGAAAGGUUCUCCCAUCUCCACAGAGGAACUCUGGAGCACUCCCUGACCAAGGCCCUUCUCCCCCGAUUGCUCAGUUUGGCCGGGCGGCCAGCUCUAGGAAGGGUCUUGGUGGUUCCAAACUUCUUCUAUUUAAGAAGGAUGGAGGCCACUGUGUUCUUGGGGAUCUUAAAUGCUGCAGAAAUGUUUUGGUACCCUUCCCCAGAUCUGUGCCUCGACACAAUCCUGUCUCGGAGCUCUACGGACAAUUCCUUUGACAUCAUGGAAUGGUUUUUGCUCUGACAUGCACUGUCAACUGUGGGACCAUAUAUAGACAGGUGUGUGCCUUUCCAAAUCAUGUCCAAUCGAUUGAACUUACCACAGGUGGACUCUAAUCAAGUUGUAGAAACAUCUCCAGGAUGAUCAAUGGAAACAGGAUGCACCUGAGCUCAAUUUCGAGUCUCACAGCAAAGGGUCUGAAUACUUAUGUAAAUAAGGUAUUUCUGAUUUAGAAAACCCUGUUUUCGCUUUGUCGUUAUGGGGUAUUGUGUGUAGAUUGAUGAGGACAUUUUUAAUUUAAUUUAAGGCUGUAACGUAAAAAUGUGGAAAAAGUCAAGGGGUCUGAAUACUUUCCGAAUGCACUGUACAUUUAAAAAAAGUAUAAUAAAUCAAUUUAAUAUACACCAUCACAAUAAAUCCAUUAUUUAUUUUAGUCAGUUAAAAAAAAAAUAUAUAUGUAUUUCAGAAAAACAGAAUAUGAGUUGGCCUACUGUAGGCCUAUGUUAUCUGGCUAUGCCCAAUGACAUAGGCUGUAGGCUUGUUCAUUUAGCUGACAAGAUAUGCUUGUAAGUCUUGUGCCAUUAUUUUAUAUGAUUUUAUAGUAAGAAGAAUAUAAUUGAACAGCUGAAUAAAAUAGAAAGGAUAUUUUUCCCAUUAGGGAUCCACUGCGCGUAUGAAGUGGCUAUGUUGAGUGUAAAAGAGAUGAUCUGAAACAGGUCUUAUAUGCUAGAUUUAUAGUUAUUUGGCAACUUUAGUUGUAAAUGAUACAAACCUCAGAAUGUCUUAGAAAUCAAAUACAUGGGCUGCAUGGUGCGAAUGGAGGCAGCGCGCUUUCCCACCGGUCCGUUUUGUAGACUACUUCGGUUUUAUAGUGGAGCAUGUGUUUAAUAUGAGCAGCUGAGAAAUAAAUAUAAGAUCACUUACACUACAUGACCAGAAGUAUGUGGACAUCUGCUCGUUGAACAUCUCAUUCCAAAAUCAUGGAGUUGGUCCCCCUUUUGCUGCUAUAACAGCCUCCACUCUUCUGGGAAGGCUUUUGACUAGAUAUUGGAACAUUGCUGCAGGGACUUGCUUCCAUUCAGCCACAAGAGCAUUAGUGAGGUUGGGCACUGAUCUUGGGCGAUUAGGCCUGGCUCGCAGUCAGCGUUUCAAUUAAUCCCAAAGGUGUUCGAUGGGGUUGAGGUCAGGGCUCUGUGCAGGCCAGUCAAGUUCUUCCACACCGAUCUCGACAAAGAAUUUCUGUAUGGACCUUACUUUGUGCACAGGGCCAUUGUCAUGCUGAAACAGGAAAGGGCCUUCCCAAACUGUUGUAGCGUUAAGAUUUCCCUUCACUGGAACUAUGGGGCAUAGCCCGAACCAUGAAAAACAAUCCCAGAACAUUAUUCUUCCUCCACCAAACUUUACAGUUGGCACUAUGCAUUCGGGCAGGUAGCGUUCUCCUGGCAUCUGCCAAACCCAGAUUCAUCCACCGGACUGCCAGAUGGUGAAGCGUGAUUCAUCACUCCAGAGAACGCGUUUCCACUGCUCCACAGUCCAAUGGUGGCGAGCUUUACACCACUCCAGCCGACACUUGGCAUUGCGCAUGGUGAUCUUAGGCUUGUGUGUGGCUGCUCGGCCAUGGAAACCCAUUUCAUGAAGCUCGACGAACAGUCAUUUUGCUGACGUUGCUUCCAGAGGCAGUUAGGAACUCGGUAGUGAGUGUUGCAACCGAGUACAGAUGAUUGAUACAUGCUACGCGCUUCAGCACUUGGCAGUCCCGUUAUGUGAGCUUGUGUGGCCUACCACUUCGUGGCUGAGCCGUUGUUGCUCCUUGACGUUUCCACUUCACAAUAACAUCACUUACAGUUGACUGGGGCAGCUCUAGCAGGGCAGAAAUUUGACAAAUUGACUUGUUGGAAAAAUGGCAUCCUAUGACGGUGCCAUGUUGAAAGUCACUGAUCUCUUCAGUAAGGCCAUUCUACUGCCAAUGUUUAUCGAUGGCGAUUGCAUGACUGUGUGCUUGAUUUUAUACACCUGUCAGCAACGGGUGUGGCUGAAAUAGCCGAAUCCACUAAUUUGAAGGGGUGUCCACAUACUUUUGUAUAUAUAGUGUAUUUCACGUCACGCAUCAACCACUGUUUGAGGAGCAUGCACUCGCUGGUGAUAUUCCGCCCAAACUCUAUAUGCCAUGGGCUCUCCAACCUUGUUCCUGCAGCUACUCAGUGCUUAAUUUGGAAAACCAAGUGAAAUCUGUUCGGGAACAUCGAUAGUAACAUGUUUUCACAACGAAACAUAUUUCACUAAACUGUUGACAGCCCGUCUGCGCGCUCGAGAAAGGAAUAAAGGAGAGAGAGGAGAUGGAAACGCAUGGUGGGUGAGAUAUUCUAUAUAGCUGUGUCACCCAAUUAAUUAUGAAAAUAUAAAAAAAUGCUCAAUUACUAGGCUAUUCAAAAUACUAAUUCACUAAUUGUAGGCUAACUGUAAGCCGCACUGCACAAUCAAUGAAUCAACAGCAUCGCCUAGGGCUAUACGUUCUCUCCCAGACUCAUGGAUAUACAUUUUGGAGUGUAGCAUAAGGUAACCAGUCCAUCCAGUAUGCAUAAUAAUACAGUCCACACUCAAAAGGCGAUUACUCAAAUUUGUUUAAUUUUGGUCUAUAGGCUUGACCAAUCAUGUACCAAAUACAUCUUAAAUCAGUUUAGUUUUAUGUUUUUCUGCCAUGUGUAAUAUGCGGUAGGCUAUGUAUUGUAUAAUAACACAAUCAUAAUUUUACUGUGGUCAUGAUUUAUGAGUGGCGGUAAUACGGUCACCGCAACAGCCCUACCGCCAACCAACGAGCCCUGCCAAACCAGCAUCCACUCAGCUGCGCUCACUGGAAACAAGAGGCAGCAUCUGCCAUCUACAAAUUAUCCCAUAAUGGCAUUAUGAAAGACACAAGACUGAUGGCACAAUUAGCUGGGAUGUUUUAUCUGGGCUUUAACUCUGACAGUGAUAGUGAGAGAUGAGAGGAUGGAUGUAUUACUGGCUCCGUCUGUCUGUCUCAGCAUCAGCCCCAGCCAACCCCUCACCACCACUCCACUCUGAUUGUUCACUACACUGGCUCAAUAUACUGGCAGAUGAGGUAACAGGUACGAUUUCACGCUGUGUAGAGCCCGGCGGCAGGGUGCUGGUGCAUCACAGUGAGAGGGACCUGGGCUAACGGUAGUCUGUCUGCCAGGGAGCGGGUGGUGGUGGUUAGGAGAGGAGAGUUGCUCUUUGACUCUGGAUGUGGUCGGUGGCUGGACUUCACUGGCUCGAGGAGUAAGUGUAUCUGACAGGUGCUUAGUCUUGGGUGCAUGGGGGCCUUUAUUACCCCCACCACGGACUCAGAGAAAAUAUUUCCCCUUCUCCUCUAUGGGAAAGGAAUAUGAUAGAAGCUGUUGUAGUGUUGAGCUUUACCACAAACAAAAAUAAUUAUGUUCCAACCUUACGCUAAAGUCAUACAGUUACGCAGGCGUAGUACAGUACGGGUUUUGACUCCGAUGAGAUUUGAACUGUGGUCUGGUGGGAUUUUUUGCUUUGACCCAUAUGUAGCUGAUGCCAACCAUUUCCCUGAUUUGGGUCUGUUUCCUUUUUGGGUCAGGAAACAUGACCCCAAAUACUGUCGUUUCACUAGUACAUCUCACUAUACCUCCCAAGCAAUGUUCCCUCAAUUAUUUUGGGGUAUUGAGCCUAUCUUAGGUCUUGUGAGCGGAAACUUUAAUACCCUUACAGUUUUAGACAGCCACAAUAACCUAUUGGCUACUGUCUGAGCAUAAUGUAGGCUUACCAACAAAACCAAUGGAGCAAAUCCCAUAACAUUUUCACAUAGAAAUAGCUUUUGAUUUCUAUGAUAUAUCCUACAGUAGCCUAUAUGUUGUGUUCAAUGCAGGCCUACAUUGCAUGAGACUUUUAAAAACGUUUUUACAUUAUGAAGGGCUUGAUAUUAAUUAUUUUUUAUUUGGUUUGUAACACCAUGACUGUAAAUUGCAUUGUAUUGUGUUGUAUGAUGCAAGAAACCACUUUACAAAAUAAAAUGUAUUAUUAUUACCAUACAGAGAUUUAGACAAUGUAGACUACCCCACUGCCUAUUGACUUAUUUGCAUAUUCAAGCCUGUCUCAAAAUACAACACUGCCCCUUUAAUUAAGACGUAAGUUUUUUACUUGACUGGCUUUUCAAAGACCUACAAGUUUUGUGCUCUUGUAAGAAGCAGUAACUCACCAUUGAAGACCUAUACUUAUCUAACUAGCAAAAAACUAACUAGCAAAGAAUAUCAACAAAUGUGCACACCCGCGGCUCUGCGCUGUGAUCUGAACAGCGCAUUCACUCGCGGGUGAAAGAUCGCUCCUGGGCUAGCUACCCCUACCAAUAGAAUUCUACUCGGUUGCGCUCUGGCUAUGCCUACAACAAAACCACAGACUCAAUCUUGCAAAGUUAGAUUGUUGAUUCGAUCACAGAAAAACGUUAAUAUAUAUAGUGCAAACUAAUGGGGUGAACUCAGUGAAGUUCAAUCUUGUGUCCGCGCGGCAUGGCAUUUCUUCUGCGCGGCAGUCCUGGAGGAGGUGCGUGCGCCGGGCACGUGCGCAGCUUAGAGGGAACAUUGCUCCCAAGUCUUCUGGGGUUAGUCUGACCAGCUGUUAGAUUCUGCCAACCAGUGGAGGCUGCUGAGGGGAGAAUGGCUCAUAAUAAUGGUCGGGACUGAGCAAAUGGAAUGGCACCAAACACCUGGAAACCAUGUGUUUGAUACCAUUCCACUGAUUCCUCUCCAGCCAUUACCACGAGCAUGUUCUCCCUAAUUAAGGUGCCACCAACCUCCUGUGCUGCCAAGGUUACGGUAUAUACCACGCUCACAUUCUCAGUCAGUCUACUGGAUUCUCUCUCAUAGUUAUCCAAAUGCGCCGAUUUAUUUUCUCAUCUCAACAUCUCCCGAAGGCCAGAGUAACCUCUGAGGAAAGAAGAAGCAGCUGCGUUGACCUCUCUCUGUUUGGCACUUUUUUCAGAGGUGUGAUGUUGAUGAGGUGAACCUGGAAGUUGUGAUUAUUUUGUGUUCUCACAAUCAGAAGGUGAUAAUUAUGUACAAGAUAAUAUGGACAUUUUGAACGCCCUCCAGGGCAUGUGGUUAAAGUGUCCUUGAAAUCACACACACAAGUCCGCUUUGAAAAUAUACAUAUUUAUUGUGUGAAAGUGUCUUCUAGGGUUGGCAUUGGCAGGUGUCUAAAUCCUUAUACCGAUGCAGUUACAGCAUUAUUGAGGAGGACUCUUCUCUUCCUAAUGCAGGUUGUGUUGUUGAUGGAGCAUAGAGGGGUCAAUCAUGGGUCAGGUUUAGUCCAUAUGGUGAAAGGCUAUAGGGAAUUCCAUGCCAAGCUUAUUAUGCAUCUCAGAGCUCUGUCAGUGUCGUGUUUAGAACAGAGAGAGAAACCCUUUUGGUGGGGAUGAGCAACGACCUUCUGUCUCCAGCAUGAUCUUAUAAACAUGCUUUUUUACAACCUUGUCAGCACUCUUCAAACUUGUGAACAUAUGCAUCUAUUUUCAGAAAUAGGUUAAGGUUGGUCUACCUGUGAUCUUUGAAUCAGUUUUCAUGCAGACUAAAGUGUGGGUGAUUGAAUAGGGGUCAAUGUCUCCAAAAUGUCCAGGGUUGUCAUGGUAUCCAUAUUACUCUUACAAAGUCGUCCCUCAGGCUUUCUCUCUACCCCCUGCUUCUGCCUCCUCAUUCACCGUUGUCCUCUCCCUUUCCCUCCCUAGCUGAUGCUUCUGCCACUAAUAACCCUGACCACAAUGGUGCUCUUGCUAGAAAGCGUUUCACCUUGCAGGGCCUCUCCAACAGAAGGUCUCUUCCCUCAGGUAAAGAAGCCAUGACAUCUCCACUGACCUGCUCACCCUGUCCUUACCACCACUCCAUCCUAACUAUUGACCUUGGCUUCAUCCCCUCUUUUGAAGAGGUCCCACUCAUUGUGAUGUGAACAACUUCACCUGCUCUCAUUCAUUGUCAUUGUUGGUCAUCUCAUCCCUAGCCUGCUACUCUGCGUGUCGUGGUGCAGCAGGCAGUGCUGCUAAUACAUACAGGCACUUUCGCUCAGAGCAGAGAGCUAUUGUACUCCCCUCUGUAUUUAUUUGAAAAGGGAAGCUAAAACUUUUAAUUUUGCUCUAUACUCCAGCAUUUUGGAUUUGAGAUCAAAUGUUUUAUAUGAGGCGACCGUACAGAAUGUCACCUUUUAUUUGAGGGUAUUUUCAUACAUAUCUGUUAUACCGUUUAGAAAUGAAAGCACUUUAUGUAUCUAGUCCCCCCAUUUGAAGGUGUCAUAAGUAUUUGGACACAUUCACCUAUAGUGUAUUAAAAUAGUACAAAGUUUAGUGUUUGGUCCCAUAUUCAUAGCAUGCAAUGACUACAUCAAGCUUGUGACUUUACAAACUUUUUGGAUGCAUAUGCAGUUUGUUUUGGUUGUGUUUCGGAUUAUGUUGUACCCAAUAGAAAUGAAUGGUAAAUAAUGUAUGGUGUCAUUUUGGAGUCACUUUUAUUGUAAAUAAGAAUAUGUCUCUGAACACUUUUACAUGAAUGUGGAUGCUACCAUGAUUACGGAUAAUCAUGAAUUAAUCGUGACUAAUGAUGAGUGAAAAAGUUAGAGGCACAAACAGGGCCGGUUCCAGGCAUAAGCGGUCGCUUAGGGCCCCCUGCUGCUAGGGAUGUCAGCUGGAAAUGUGUGGAUUGGUAGUUAGUCUAGGAUUUCACAUUUUCAGGAGUUUAGUUACUAAAUGAGAAGGUCAGGCUACAACGAGCAACCGACAGGUAGGCUGUUAUUUAAUUUGGCUGGCUAGCUAACAUGGAUUUGAUGCAGUAAAGACGGGCACUGCCAGAUGGGAUGAUGGAUAACCUAUGGCAUUUACAAGUUUGUGUAACUAGCGCGAGUCUGUGUCUACUUUUUCGCUCUCUCCCUCCCCGGGGCACCAUCUCUCCCGAGUCGCGCAAUCUGCGCAGCAGACAAGUGUCCAUUUUAAACAAAGUUACAGAAAAAUGUCAUGAAAUCAUUUCAAAUGCCCAUCCCUAGUCUAGAACAACCUUGGCGUCUAGGCAAUGAAAACACAUGAAGGCUACAUUCUCAGCCUUAGUAAAUGUCAGCCUGUAAUGCUCUAUGCUCUUGACAUUUAAACACAUAUUAAAUAGUUUUUUUGAAGAGGAUGGUUUGAUUCAAGGUUUUUCUGUUUUUAGUGGUUAGGGUUCACUUCAAGGCACACAAAAGCAUAAUGAACGAAGGCAGAGAACUCUCUCCACAGAAUACAUCCUUAACCACAAUACUGAUAGCUUGGAGCUACAUCAGAUGUUUAACAGCAUACUGCUUUUAGUUAAACAAACAAAUUGAAUAGGGAGAUGGGUUUAUUUCAUUAUUGUUUUAUUACCACUUUGGCACUAUUGCAGAGGUAUUGUGGUUUGUAAGUGGGCAAUAACAUUACAGUGUAUACUACAGUGCCUUGCAAAAGUAUUCAUCCCCCUUGGCGUUUUUCCUAUUUUGUUGCAUUACAACCUGUAAUUUAAAUUGAUUAUUAUUUGGAUUUCAUGUAAUGGACAUACACAAAAUAGUCCAAAUUGGUGAAGUGAAAUGAAGAUUAUUUUUUUCUCCAAAUAAUUCUAAAAAAUAAAUAACGGAAAAGUGGAGCGUUUAUGGCACCACAACAAAAUAUGGCACCACAACAAACCUGCCAAGAGAGGGCCGCCCACCAAAACUCACGGACCAGGCAAGGAGGGCAUUAAUCAGAGAGACAACAAAGAGACCAAAGAUAACCCUGAAGGAGAUGCAAAGCUCCACAGCGGAGAUUGGAGUAUCUAUCCAUAGGACCACUUUAAGCCGUACACUCCACAGAGCUGGACUUUACAGAAGAGUGGCCAGAAAAAAGCCAUUGCUUAAAGAAAAAAAUAAGCAAACACGUUUGGUGUUCGUCAAAAGGCAUGUGGGAGACUCCCCAAACAUAUGGAAGGUGGUACUGUGGUUAGAUGAGACUAAAAUUGAGCUUUUUGGCCAUCAAGGAAAACUCUAUGUCUGGCGCAAACCCAACACCUCUCAUCACCCCGAGAACACCAUCAUGCUGUGGGGAUGUUUUUCAUCGGCAGGGACUGGGAAACUGGUCAGAAUUGAAGGAAUGAUGGAUGGCACUAAAUACAGGGAAAUUCUUGAGGGAAACCUGUUUCAGUCUUCCAGAGAUUUGAGACUGGGACGGAGAUUCACCUUCCAGCAGGACAAUGACCCUAAGCAUACUGAUAAAGCAACACUCAAGUGGUUUAAGGGGAAACAUUUAAAUGUCUUGGAAUGGCCUAGUCAAAACCCAGACCUCAAUCCAAUUAAAUCUGUGGUAUGACUUAAAGAUUGCUGUACACCAGCGGAACCCAUCCAACUUGAAGGAGCUGGAGCAGUUUUGCCUUGAAGAAUGGGCAAAAAUCCCAGUGGCUAGAUGUGCCAGGCUUAUAGAGACAUACCCCAAGAGACUUGCAGCUGUAAUUGCUGCAAAAGGUGGCUCUAGGGGGGGGGGGGGGUGAAUAGUUAUGCACGCUCAAGUUCUCUGUUUUUAGUCUUAUUUCUUGUUUGUUUCACAAUCAAAAAUACACUGCUCAAAAAAAUAAAGGGAACACUAAAAUAACACAUCCUAGAUCUGAAUGAAUGAAAUAAUCUUAUUAAAUACUUUUUUUCUUUACAUAGUUGAAUGUGCUGACAACAAAAUCACACAAAAAUGAUUAAUGGAAAUCAAAUGUAUCAACCCAUGGAGGUCUGGAUAAGGAGUCACCCUCAAAAUUAAAGUGGAAAACCACACUACAGGCUGAUCCAACUUUGAUGUAAUGUCCUUAAAACGAGUCAAAAUGAGGCUCAGUAGUGUGUGUGGCUUCCAUGUGCCUGUAUGACCUCCCUACAACGCCUGGGCAUGCUCCUGAUGAGGUGGCGGAUGGUCUCCUGAGGGAUCUCCUCCCAGACCUGGACUAAAGCAUCCGCCAACUCCUGGACAGUCUGUGGUGCAACGUGGCGUUGGUGGAUGGAGCGAGACAUGAUGUCCCAGAUGUGCUCAAUUGGAUUCAGGUCUGAGGAACGGGCGGGCCAGUCCAUAGCAUCAAUGCUUCCUCUUGCAGGAACUGCUGACACACUCCAGCCACAUGAGGUCUAGCAUUGUCUUGCAUUAGGAGGAACCCAGGGCCAACCGCACCAGCAUAUGGUCUCACAAGGGGUCUGAGGAUCUCAUCUCGGUACCUAAUGGCAGUCAGGCUACCUCUGGCGAGCACAUGGAGGGCUGUGCGGCCCCCCAAAGAAAUGCCACCCCACACCAUGACUGACCCACCGCCAAACCGGUCAUGCUGGAGGAUGUUGCAUGCAGCAGAACAGUCUCCACGGCGUCUCCAGACUCUGUCACUUCUGUUACAUGUGCUCAGUGUGAACCUGCUUUCAUCUGUGAAGAGCACAGGGCGCCAGUGGCGAAUUUGCCAAUCUUGGUGUUCUCUGGCAAAUGCCAAAUGUCCUGCACGGUGUUGGGCUGUAAGCACAACCCCCACCUGUGGACGUCGGGCCCUCAUACCACCCUAAUGGAGUCUGUUUCUGACCGUUUGAUUAGACACAUGCACAUUUGUGGCCUGCUGGAGGUCAUUUUGCAGGGCUCUGGCAGUGCUCCCCCUGCUCCUCCUUGCACAAAGGCGGAGGUAGCGGUCCUGCUGCUGGGUUGUUGCCCUCCUACGGCCUCCUCCACGUCUCCUGAUGUACUGGCCUGUCUCCUGGUAGCGCCUCCAUGCUCUGGACACUACGCUGACAGACACAGCAAACCUUCUUACCACAGCUCGCAUUGAUGUGCCAUCCUGGAUGAGCUACACUACCUGAGCCACUUGUGUGGGUUGUAGACUCCGUCUCAUGCUACCACUAGAGUGAAAGCACCGCCAGCAUUCAAAAGUGACCAAAACAUCAGCCAGGAAGCAUAGGAACUGAGAAGUGGUCUGUGGUCACCACCUGCAGAACCACUUCUUUAUUGGGGAUGUCUUGCUAAUUGCCUAUAAUUUCCACCUGUUGUCUAUUCCAUUUGCACAACAGCAUGUGAAAUGUAUUGUCAAUCAGUGUUGCUUCCUAAGUGGACAGUUUGAUUUCACAGAAGUGUGAUUGACUUGGAUUUACAUUGUGUUGUUUAAGUGUUCCCUUUAUUUUUUUGAGCAGUGUAUUUUGCAUCUUCAAAGUGGUAGGCAUGUUGUGUAAAUCAAAUGAUACAAACCCACCAAAAAUCCAUUUUAAUUCCAGGUUGUAAGGCAGCAAAAUAGGAAAAAUGCCAAGGGGGGUGAAUACUUUCGCAAGCCACUGUAUGUCAUCAUUUGUAUGGUGAUAAUCUAAUACUGUAUGGUUGGCUCCAUCCCUGAUGGAGAGCAGAGCAGGCUAGCUAAAGCUGAAGAGAAAUAGACACUGAGGGGGUGAUGUUAUUGCACUUAUUGGCCUGCCGAGGUAACUCCUCGCUGUGAACUUGUUGUUGAUAGAUUUAAUCUUGUUAGCAUAUCCCACCCAUGGAUUUCUCAUCUGCGCCUGUGAGGAUGCCGCCACCCACUAGCAAUGCCAUGCACUUCCUCAUGUCUCGUCCAUUCAUUGCACGUUUCUCAGUUCAACAGACCAGGGUUUCCCAAACUCGGUCCUGGGGCCCCCCCUAGGUGAACGUUUUGGUGGGGGUGGACAGAGUUUGGGAUACACUGUCACAGACAAUUUCCUGCCUGUUUGAACUCACUAAUUUGAUACAACUAAGAGAAAUUAAUAAACUUAAAAGGGAUAGUGCAACAUUUUGGCAAUUUACCUUUUUCUACUUACCCAUAGUCAGAUGAACUCAUGGAUACCAUUUUGAUGUCUGCAUACAGUUUGAAGGAAGAUAAAGGUAGUUUGUGGAGCCAUUGCUAACUAGUGUUAGUGCAAUGUCUGGAAGUCUACAGGAACAUAUAGCAUGCUUAAACUUUCUUCAAACUGCACGCAGAUACAUAAAAAAGGUAUCCAUCCAAUCUGUAAGUCGCUCUGGAUAAGAGCGUCUGCUAAAUGACGUAAAUGUAAACGUAAAAAAUGUGUUUAUCUGACUCUGUGUAAGUGGAAAAAAUUGCUUAAUUGCCAAAAUGCCACACUAUCUCUUUAAGCUGGACAGCAUGUAGUGAGGAAUCAACAGUGACCGUUAUCACCAAGUCUUGUAUAAGAUCAGGAAUCAAUCCAGAGAAAAGGUAGGACUCCUCAAAGCAAUAUGCUCCUUUAGCCUUGCCAUUGCCUUGCCCUCUCUCCCGCCCUCCCUCCUCUUCUUCUGUGCCCAGCUAAUUGCUAACCCUUGCCUUUCACAGCCGAGCCUUCAUCUAAGGAGACGGAUGUCGCACGCCGCUUCUCUGUAGCCUCCUCUAUCAGUGUCUCUGCCACCAGCCGCACAAAAGGUACCUGAUUGCCUGCGGUCUCUUUCUUUUUCUCUCUCCACCCGUCGCCAUCAAACUUUUGAAAGUGUCUGAGAGCAGGCACCGACAGGUUAGUGAGGGAGCUCUUUGAGAGAGAGAGGGAAGGGAGAGAGAGCUAGAAAGGUAGAGGGGAGUAGUCAGCUAAAGUAAUGAGGGAAAAAAAGUCAUUUUCUCAACAAGUUCUACCCAUUUAUGACUCAUGAAAUGUAUGAGGUGCAUGAAUAAAAUCAGUCUUUCUCAGAAAUGAAACAAAAUGGAAAAGCGAAAACACUGAAUAGUCUUUUUUUGAGAAACCAUAGUAAUAAAAUGUACAUUUUGAAAAGCUGACAUUUGGAAUGUGGGGUGACAUUCAGAGCUGCUAAGCAAGUGCAAUUGUUGUUGGAAUUUAGAUAAGAACUUAAUUUCCCCAUGAAAAAUAUUCUUAUGAAAUUCUCCUUGAACUAUAUUCCCCUCUUAACAAUCAAGCAUUUCAAUAACUUAUAAUAAUAAUUUAUUCAAAUUUUAUAGUGCUAUUCAUUACAUAAUGAAAUCUCAAAGUGCUGUAAAGCAACAAAAAACAAGCAAUCUAAAAGCAUCAUUCAUCAUCAAAAGUAGAUCGACUUAUGAGCAAUGGAAACUGAGGAUGUACAUUAAAAUAGAUUUUGGUUCACUGUCUCAAUAGAUCUAAUUUUCCACUAAUGCUUCGACCUUGCAUUCAUUGUCCCUGACAGGUCCUCCUUCAUCUAAUGUUAGAAAGACCAAAAGACAUGAGAUAAAAAGUGAUCCAACACCAUUCGGUUAUGAAGGUAGCUAUAGCGUCACAGUAUGCACUGGGUCUGUGCAUGUACAGCCUUGUCUUUGUUAAUGCGGACUGCUUUGUAUUUUGGUUGUGUGUACACGUGUUUGACUUUGUACGUGUCUGUGUACGUGACUGUGUAUUGCCUGCUCCGUUGUGAUUCAAUGUGAUGCAUGGUAUGUAUUAGUUAUUCGUGUGGCACAACAAGUGCUGAACAAGAAUACUUCAUAUUAACAGGCCUCUGCUUGCCUUGUUGCUGGUAAUGAGUCAGUGUGGCUGUGGAGCGAUGAUGACUCCUUUAUGGAUUUCUGCAUGCAUAUAUCAAUUCCCUGAAUGGCAUCCCAGUGGUCUGUAAAGAGCUCAUUUCCUCCCAGAUACAUUACGCGGUGCUAUCCCUGCUGUGAGCAGACACAAAGGCACUACAAGCACUGAUUCAGCCGUGCCUAGGUCCACUUCUCAACCAGGUAAUGGAAAAGUGACUGUGUAUAUUCUUCUUUUCCCAUUUUUACAGUUUGGGUUUCAAGUUUGUGUGGGUCUUUUUUCACAUUGAAUGUCUUGUGGUAUGUGGUACCCUUUUCAGUUGGUUUGUUGCAUUGUGUGUGUCCUUGACAUAUUUUCAACUUCUUCACACCUUUGACUGUCAGUAUCCAUUUUCAGAAUGUUCAAUGCUUCUGUUUAAUGGGUGGAUUUCCAAAGCAGUGAAUGUGUAAUGCCAUGUCUUAAGACGAACAUGUUCACUUCUUCUCGUCAACUGAAGGGUUAACAAGACCUUGUCUUCUUUCUGUGUGCUCUAUUUCUCUAGGCUGGACUCAACGGUGUUUGCCUUCAAUGGACACAGAGGACUUUGAAACCAUCCACUCGAGUGCAGAGGAGCUCUCCAACUCUUCGGAUGGCGAGGAGGAGUCCAGUAAUAAAAAUGUAAGUUGGGUUAAAUAAAUCCUGAAAGGUAACUUCAUCCCCCUACAUCGUGUUGCUCUUCUUAAAUCCUUCCAAACCCCGGGAAAGAAAUCCUCUCCGCUUAAUUAUUUCCCACCAUCACACAUCUCGUUAACGCAGGCUGACGACUUGACAUUUAAAAGACCAAAAGGACCUGGGAUUAGCCUAGUGCGGUUCUCCCCAGCGCCUCCGGAUUUUCUCCUUCCAUUACAAUCUGUCUGAUGUAUGAGAGACGGAGAUCUGUUUUAAUGGAGGGCCUCAUCAUAACUCCACCACCCUGAGACGGAUGCUAACAACUCCCCCACCCUGAGACGGAUGCUAACAACUCCCCCACCCUGAGACGGAUGCUCACAACUCUGCCACCCUGAGACGGAUGCUAACAACUCCCCCACCCUGAGACGGAUGCUCACAACUCCGCCACCCUGAAACGGAUGCUCACAACUCCGCCACCCUGAGACGGAUGCUAACAACUCUGCCACCCUGAGACGGAUGCUCACAACUCUGCCACCCUGAGACGGAUGCUCUCAACUCCCCCACCCUGAGACGGAUGCUCACAACUCCGCCACCCUGAAACGGAUGCUCACAACUCCGCCACCCUGAGACGGAUGCUCACAACUCCGCCACCCUGAGACGGAUGCUCACAACUCUGCCACCCUGAGACGGAUGCUCUCAACUCCGCCACCCUGAGACGGAUGCUCACAACUCCGCCACCCUGAGACGGAUGCUCACAGCUCCGCCACCCUGAGACUGAUGCUCACAACUCCGCCACCCUGAGACUGAUGCUCACAACUCCGCCACCCUGAGACUGAUGCUCACAACUCCGCCACCCUGAGACUGAUGCUCACAACUCCGCCACCCUGAGACUGAUGGAUGGACCUGCUGUGUACACACACACACACACACACACACACACACACACACACUAAAGUAACACACCAUCACGUACAAAGACAAACUACAACUACAAGGAUAGGGUAUCUCUUCUAAAUCACCUCUCCUUCUCCGUUCUCUCCCCACUCUCUGCUCAAAGGACCAUGAUCGCUUCCGUGUCCAGUUGACAUACGAGUCGAGGACGGCGCAGGACCUGUCUCUGGAGUCAGGAGAUUUAGUACAAUUCCUGGAGGAGGCAGAGGAUGGCCACUGGUGAGUGAUGGUAGCACACACUCUCUCUAUCCUUUGUACACUCCAUGAGAGUCCCAGAGAGAAACCAUUUCUCCUGCUGUAGUGAGAGGGACCCAACUCAACAGUAUAAAACAGCCAUAUUUGUCCUUGUUCCUGUACUGUUUUCACACAGACACACUGCCCAUCCCAAUCUCUUCACUGAUUGAAACCCUGUUGAAAAAAUGUAUAACUAAUAAUAACAAUGUUGUUCAGAGUUCCCUUAGGACUAAAAGUAGGUGCUAUGUAGUUUUAGAUUAAAAGUUAGGUUUAUGAUUAGUUAUUUCGAUGAGGCAUUCAGGAUAUUAAAGCAUAAAUGUUGAGUAGAUCUGUACAUCCCAGUGGCAAUGAAAACACAAUGCCUAAAUGAAUAAUAGAUCUGUCUGUUCGAUUCAUCCCACGACUAUGAGGAGUGGUUGUCUUCUCACAGAAACAGCCUGCAGAAUCCAUUGCAAGCCAGGGUGGAUGAGAGAGGGAUUGUGAUUUCACACAAGCUUUCGCAGUGCAUUUUGGGGUGACUAUAUACCCAUUAGAUUAAAGCUGCACUUAAAAAUGCUUUGAAUAUGCUCAUAUUUCAUCACCUCAUACAUAUUUCAUAUUUUCUUCAAUCUCAUCUUUUCUUUAAAACCGUCUUCAAUCAUUUGCGUCUUUGGUUUCUGGCACUAAAACGUCUCACACAACCCUCUCUCCUCUCCUCUUCAGCAGUCAGUGAUCUGAAGUAUUUAUCCGUUUUUCAUGGAAGGGAGUCUGUACUGUACAGAAGUUUCCACAGGACCGCAGGUAGCCUAGCAGUUAAGUGCGUUGGGCCAGUAACCGAAAGGUCACUGGUUCGAAUCCCCAGAGCCGACUAUGUGAAAAAUGUGUCUGUGCCCUUGAGCAAGGCACUUAACCCUAAUUCGCUAUCUGGAUAAGAACGUCUGCUAAAUGUCUCAAAUCUAAUGUAAAUAGAUGCUCAGGUUGACUUUUCCAUGGAACCAUCCAUUAGCAUGUGGAUGAUUCGCAGCAGGCCAAGGCCAGAGAGUGGUUGUUUCAAGUUUUAAGUUGCAUUAGUCGUAUGUACGGUAUACACAUGGUAUACACCGUCCAACGAAAUGCUUAAUUCUGCUAGGCAGAGCUCCAGCUGCAGAGCCUUUAGAGUGCACAGACAGAACGCUGGGAGUAUGAAAUACCUAUAUGAAGCAGUACAGAGGCUCUGGACAGAAUCAACUGUCGGAAGCAGCACCAAGCAGCAGCACAACCAAUGAAUACACAAGCUUUCCAUCACACGAAGCAGGGUGUAAAAAACGGAAACUUUGGACUUGACAGUUCAUAGACAAGAUCACAGAGAGAACUCCUGAUCAAAUACUAAGUAAAUAUGUUAGAUUUUACACUCCCAGGGCCCCUCCAGCUCUCCCUAGUGGCAGUAAUCCAACUCCCAGUCCCUCUCUGAUCAUUUCUAUUGCAGCGCGAGGCCCUGCACCAGCCUUUCCAUUAAAGCCUACAUUCUCUUUCAUGUUUUAGGCCAGUCAAGAAUCUUAUUACUCAGAAGACAGGUCUGGUACCGCCCAGUAUACUUCAGACAGCAGCAGGAGGUGGUCACUCAUACAGUAACACUACUGGUAUUUCUGACUAACCAACAUCCACUGUAAAAUGCUGAGGCAUUCCUGGCAUUGCAAGAAAACAUACCCUAUAGCUCAAAGCGGUAGUUUGAUUCGGUGCUUAGGGAUUUGGCGGGGUGCAUGCUUGGGAGGACGGUAAUGGUAAACUAAGCUUUUGGCUGUGUGGUGAACAAGCAGAGCAUGAUGUUAUCCAUUUCAGCAUGCUCUCUCUCUCCCCUCCCUCCCUCCCUCACUUCAGCCAUCCCUUAAAGUGUUCAGUUCACGGCCUUGCUUGUCUUGGAGCUCUUUCCUCUUAAAACAAGUGCUCUCUCAGGCUAUUGUCUGCACUGAGAGGAAUGCCAUCUUAAGUUCUUUGAGAACAGAGUUCCAUGCUUGGGCAGUUAUUAUAUUUUUGCGCAGAGCUUUCUCACUCGAAACCACUUAUAAACAGCAUUCCAGCAGCAUACUGGUUUGUACUACUAUAAAGUUUAAUAGAAGCACUCUUCACUGAUAUUGAUCUUAAUCGAUAUUGUGUGUUUCACCAUCAUGUCCUUUUUUUACACGGCUAUUAAAACUGCAUUGUUUGGUCAGUCAUUGUAACCAGGCUAUGCAACCCCUCGCUAAAAAGACUGAUGGUGUUUAAAUCCUACAAAUCACCAUUCCCUUCACACCUGUUGCUUGGCCUCCAUAACAUUAGAUUCUAAUGUAUGUGACUUUACGUCUUUAACUCUGAUUUUCCUUACAUUCCAGAUAUCUUCAGUGACAUGUGCACAGCAGCUCUGUCCGACUCUGAGGAAAAUGAAAACCCUACGUGUGGAGAUGUAUCUCAGGACAGCAGAUAG